CUUUGACGUUUAUGAGUACCGGGUGUCACGCGAUAGUAUUGUGACUGGCUGUUUACUCUCAGAGCCGAUAGCUAAACUUCAUAUCGACAGACUUUUAGGAAUUUUAACAUUAUAUUUGUUUUACAAUGUUUUUCGAGGACAUUGGUAAACACGUCGCGCGCUGAACAGCUAAAUGAGGAGCAGUGCUAAGUGUACAAGAACGGUGUGGAUUUUGGUCAGCUGACCACCUCUUGAGAAACAGUCAUAUCUCAGGCCAUGGCUGGCAGAGAUGUAAACGAGAGCACUCCUCUUUUGGACAACUCUGUGGCUUCAGCCAGAUCCGAGUCAGUGUUCAAUGGCAGGAGACUGGCAUGUGCUGCCAUCCUGCUGGCAGAGUCUUUAGAGAGAAUGGCUUUCUAUGGCAUCACCUCAAACCUGGUGCUCUUCCUAAACAGCAGCCCCUUCUAUUGGGAGGGCACUUUGGCCAGCCAGGCUCCCUUGAUCUUCAUGGGAGUCACUUAUUUGAUAUCACCCUUUGGUGGCUGGCUGGCGGAUGCUUUCCUUGGCAAGUUCGUAACCAUAGCCUUAAGUUUAGUCCUUUAUCUUUUAGGGAUGCUGCUUUUCCCCUUUGUGGCCAGCGACAACACCAGGAAUUACCUGUGUGGAGAAGAGAUGGCGUUCCCAGUGCAGCCUGCAGAAUGUUUUCCUGAAAAUGGGACCGUGCCUGCCAAUGUGACUUGCGUCAAUCGGACGUCGUACUGCAGGCCGGCGAUCUUCAGUGGUCUGGUGCUGGUGGCCAUUGGGGUGGGAGCUGUGAAGUCAAACAUCACUCCAUUCGGGGCAGAUCAGGUGAAGGAUCGAGGUCCGGAGGCAACACGCCGGUUCUUUAACUGGUUCUACUGGUGCAUUAAUCUGGGAGCGAUCUUCUCCCUGGGUGGAAUAGCCUAUAUUCAGCAGAACAUCAGCUUCUCUAUUGGCUACAUCAUCCCUGCCGUGUGCCUUGGGGUGUCCCUCUUCAUCUUUAUUCUGGGCAGAGCGGUUUUCAUAAACAAGCCUGCAGACGGCAGCGCCUUCAGCGACAUGUUUCGGAUACUGGCCUCGGCCUUCUGUGGACGCGGGCCAAAGGAACCCAGUCUGCUCAGGCCCAAGCCGACUCUACUGGAUGGCGCUAAGGUGACAUACGGUGGGCGAUUUUCAGAAGAGAAGGUGGAGGAAGUGAAAGCGCUGGUCAAAAUACUUCCUGUUUUCUUGGCCCUCAUUCCCUACUGGAUGGUCUAUUUCCAGAUGCAGACUACAUAUUAUCUCCAGAGUCUCCAUCUGACAAUUCCUGGAGCCGAUCCCAACUCCACAGACUCCCACCCGAAAUCGUUUCGCUUCCCAGCGGCUUGGCUGACCAUGUUUGAUGCCGUGCUGAUCCUCAUGUUGAUUCCCCUCAAGGAUAAAGUGGUAGACCCCAUCCUCAAACGUAAAGGCCUGCUGCCCUCAUCUCUGAAGAGAAUCGCCGUGGGCAUGUUCUUUGUCAUGUGCUCGGCAGUGGCGGCUGGCAUUUUGGAGACAAAGAGGCUGGACAUUGUCCACACACGAGAUCCCAUCCCGCAGUCGCUCGGUGGAGUUAUAUACUAUGCAGCCGAUCUACCCAUAUGGUGGCAAGUCCCCCAAUACGUCCUCAUUGGUGUCAGCGAAAUCUUUGCUAGUAUUGCAGGUCUGGAGUUCGCCUACUCUGCAGCCCCGCGCUCCAUGCAGAGCGCUAUAAUGGGCCUGUUCUUCUUCUUCUCCGGCAUCGGCUCCUUUGUGGGAUCUGGACUUCUUGCUAUCGUCUCUCUCAAAGGCAUCGGCUGGAUGUCCUCGCAUAAAGACUUUGGUAACAUCAACGAGUGCACACUGAAUUACUACUUCUUCCUCCUGGCCGCCAUCCAGGGAGUCACACUCCUGGUCUUCCUCAUUGUGUCAGUGAAGUAUGACAAACAGAAGCCCAGAGCAGGGAACCACAGGCAGUCUCUGGCCAACUCAUGACCCCCUUCAUCAUCAGCCAAACUCUCACCUUCACCAUUCCUCAACCACCAACCAUGUGAUAAACUUUAAAGCCUUUAGUAUUUCGGAAAAUGAGGUAGGAUUUAAAAUGUUUGACUAAACUUGAAUCCCUCUGUGUUUCCUAGAACUGGCCAUUCUGUUCUCAAACCAACACGAGGCAAUUUGAAAGAAAACAAAACACAAAACUUAUGCAAUAAUUAACUAGAAUAUUGUGUAUGAAAUGGUUGAAAACGAGGAUUGUUCACUCCAUCAGCGAACUGGAUUAUGAAAUGCUUGUUUGUUGUAGUGUGUCGUCUGAACAACACUUAAUCACAAUUUGGGAUUUUUAUAGUUUUGACUAUUACUGAAUUCAUUUAUACAUUGAAAGUGGUUUUUAAAUUGUUUACGAUGGGUAAUAACUAACUACCAUUUUGAAUUGAAUAUUUAUUGAACCUUUUAUUUUUUGUGGUUUAUGCUCAAAAAGGUAAGACUAUAUUCCUGUUCAAAUUUAUUUAAAAUGGUAUCUUUCUGUGGUACUUUAAAGAAAAAAAUUUUUUUAACGAUAAACAUUUUUUUAGGCACCAUUUGCACUGGAUGAUGUAUCUUUGGUCACUUUAUUCAUUUUAAAUUAUUAAUACAUACAGUGCAAAUCGGCUGUAUUUUUCCUGUUAAUAAUAAUCGGCUGAUGUCUAAAAUGGCAAAAGUGGUUGGCUACUCCAACAGUAUCAAAUGUGAAGUAAAGGAACCCAUAUAGUUAUUGUCUGAACAUCAGUGUGAAGUAGUUGAUAAAAGUUGCAUUACAAACAAACUUUUUAAAAGAAAUAAUCAGAUGCAUAAUUGUGUGCUUAACAAUAUGAUUGUGCAACUUUACUAAACCUGUGGCAUUACAAGCGUUUCUUACUUUUAGAUAUUUUAUCAGGCAUUAGUUUUCCAUUAACUUGUUUUUAAUCAUUUUUAAAGGAGUAGUUCACUU